AUGUUGGAAAGAAGCAGUCUCGAUGGGCUUUUUCGAGAGAUAUCUGACAUAUGCUCCUUUCUUGGACUUCGGCAAACCUUCGUCCUCGACAAACUGGAGAAAAUAUCAUCCGAGGACCGCGAUCAUCAAAGUCUUUGCGACUGGAUUGUGACUUUUGUACAAAAUAGCUUUCAAUCUGUCAGCUUAACCGAUAAACGUUCUCCCAGUGCGGAAUUGCUUGCCUCAAUUGGGUUUGAUCCUCGGAGUUCAGCCGUUGAAACUAUCGUGGCGCGCGCACGAAAUACGCAACAUCAUAUCGAUUUGUGCGAAAUGGCAGAAAUUUUCAUCCGAGACCAGUUUAAGUAUAAAGUUUCUCCAUCGUCUGUCACUUGUAUGUUCCCCUUGCGAAGCAAUAUAACAAAUACUUGGUUUCGGCUUUCUAUAUUUUCCUCUGACGUUGAAAUCGUUGGAGGUUCAGAGUGCCACGUCGACCUAAUAAACCUUGUGACGAUAGAAUCCCACGCUUACAGUAUUUUGCGAACGGAACUCGGCAAUUUAUUGUCAAAAGACGAUCAAAAUGUUGUCCUAUUCCACGGCACAGAUCAUUUAAGCGCCUGCGACAUUCUAUUUCGUGGAAUAGAUUUGUGUCAAGGACGACAGAAGCGAGACUUCAGCUGUGGAUCAGGAUUUUAUUUGACUGACAAUUGCGAGGAAGCUCUGAACUGGGCAAAAAACACAACAACGAAACCAGCUUUGUUAGUUUUUCAAGUGAAUCGACAAGAGCACUCGACUGAUGCAGAAAAAUUGAAUUUGUUUAAUGAUGAACAGAGAUGGUGUGAAAUUGUGACUUCGUUUCGGUCUGGUGAAAAAACAGCGAGGACUCGAAAGAGUUUAGCCGCUUAUGACUUGAUUGAAGGUCCCGUGAGUACAAUGAAAACAAACGGAUCGACAGGGGAGUUAGUUUUCUCGCCAAAACCUUUAUCUUAUCAAAUGUGUUUAAUUUCUGAUUCCUGUGCGGACAUUUUUAGACGAACUCUUCACUCUAUUUUAUUUUUCGACAUUUGUUAA